AUGCUUUUCAAGAAUCUUUUCGUUGCGGUCGCCCUGGCUGGCACCGCUUUGGCAUGCCCUCACCCUAAAGCUGCUGCCCAUCCCAAAGCUGCCACGCAAAGCCAGUCAAAUGGCAAACUGAAGUGGUUCGGCAUCAACGAGUCUGGACCUGAAUUCGGCGAGGCUAAUAUCCCUGGUCUAUACAACAAGGACUACAUCUGGAUCGACACCAAACAAGUCGACCAGUUCCUCGCGCAAGGAAUGAACAUGUUCCGUAUCAACUUCCUGAUGGAGCGUCUGACGCCCAACUCGCUCACAGCCAACCUUGACUCCAACUACCUAGGCAACCUUACCGAAGCCAUCAAUUACAUCACCUCCAAGGGCGCAUACGCUAUGGUUCAGCCCCACAACUACGGUCGCUUCGGCGGUCAGAUCAUCAGCGACACGGCAGCCUUCAAGACGUGGUGGACCAAUGUCGCUAAGCAGUACAAAGAUAACUCCCUUGUUGUAUUUGACAUUAACAACGAAUUUCAUGACAUGGAUCAGAAUCUUGUCUUUAGUCUGAACCAGGCCGGGAUUGAUGGUAUCCGCGCUGCCGGUGCGACCACACAGUACAUUACCCCUGAGGGCAACAGCUGGUCCGGCGCCUGGACCUGGGUUUCCUCUGGCAACGCCGCAUCGCUAGUCAAGCUCAAGGACCCCCAGAACAAGCUCGUCUUCCAGAUGCACCAGUACCUCGACAGUGACGGCUCCGGCACCAACGCCGACUGCGUCAGCUCCACCAUCUUCCAGGAGCGUCUUGUCGCCGCAACACAGUGGCUCAAGGACAACAAGCUCCAGGGCAUCAUUGGCGAGUUUGGUGCUGGAAGCAAUGCUCAGUGCCUUACUGCUCUUCAGGGCGGUCUCGACUACAUGGUCAAGAACUCUGAUGUCUGGCUUGGUGCUAUCUGGUGGUCGGCUGGCCCGUGGUGGGGCAACUACAUCUACAGCAUGGAGCCGACGACUGGCGCUGCUUGGUCGUACAUCCUGCCUAAGAUCAAGAGCUACUUCGGCCACUAA